AUAUCGAUAUAUUGAUAUGUUGAUAUCAACAACCCUUCAGUAUUCGUGAAAAUUCGGGAAAAUUCUGAAAAAGGAAAACCUCAGUCAAUUGUGAGCUAAUAAACAAUCAAAAAAAUGUCACUCUUCGGUGCGUUGAUGGGCGACUUUGACGAUGAUCUCGGCCUGAUGAACAACCACAUGAACCACACCAUGAACGCCAUGAACAUGCAGAUGCGUUCGAUGAAUCGUCUGAUGAACUCCUUCAUGCCGGAUCCCUUCAUGCAGGCCAAUCCCUUUGACGCCGGAUUCCCGCAGAACUCUCUAAUGGAGCGCCCACAGAUGGGUGCAAUGGCGCCCAUGGGUCUCUUUGGGAUGCCCAUGAUGCCGAACUUCAAUAGGCUGCUAAACGCUGAUAUCGGCGGGAAUCCGGGAGCUUCCUUCUGCCAGAGCACAGUGAUGACUAUGUCCUCGGGUCCCGACGGACGUCCACAAAUAUAUCAGGCCAGCACCAGUACCAAGACUGGCCCCGGUGGUGUUCGCGAGACCAGGAAAACAGUUCAAGACUCCCGCACGGGUGUCAAAAAGAUGGCUAUUGGACACCACAUCGGCGAGCGAGCCCACAUCAUUGAGAAGGAGCAGGAUAUGCGGUCCGGCCAGCUGGAGGAGCGUCAGGAGUUUAUCAAUCUUGAUGAGGAAGAGGCUGAGCAAUUCGAUCGCGAGUUCACCUCGCGUGCUACUCGCGGUGCCGGAAUACCUCCAGGACAUCGCGGUGGAAUGCCGGCUAUAAUGCCAUCGCGCCCAGCUAUUGCCAAUACGGCAUCCACUGUAACCAUUGAACCAGUGGAAGACGAUGACGAGGAUGACGACUGUGUGAUCCAGGAGCAGCAGCCACCGAUGCCUCGCUCCUCAGGGGGCCGUCACUUGUCCCAUUCGCCGUCGGCGGGUCCACACAGCAGCAGCAGCAGCACCGUCGCAGCAGCAACACCAGCAGCAACCGUCUACGACAUAACCGGCGGCCACAAUAACAACUAUGGCAACUCGCGUCGCUCGUAUCUCCGAAAUGGCCAUGGUCACGGGCACGGUCUUGCCACGCCACGCCGCCCACUGCGAACGCCUCCGUCCUCACCGCUGGCCACCGUUUCCAACGGCAGCCACACUAUUCCCGGCACUCCAAGUGUACAUCCGCAUCCGUAUGCCGCCGCCAGCACUAGGCGUCCGCAGCGCAUGAAGCAUCACCACACAGACGUUGAGUCGACGGCCCACAAGGGACCUAAACGCGGCAAGAAGCAGUAACCAAUCCAUACAAUCCGACAGUCCACCACUCACCCUGGGAAACAAGCAAGGCUCUUUGUUAAUUAGUAGAAAUCAAGCAUCAUUUUUUCGUAUUGGGGACAAGGUUUUAUUUUUUCGGCCCUGUUCUAAGACGUCCUGCGUCCUCAAAUAUAUAUGUAUAUCAACGAUCCGCAGGACAACACGAACUGCACUUCAACACUAUAGUUCGCUACGAUGUGACUGUUCAACGCCGGCGACCCAAUCCAACGUAACAUAACACAACCACUUUCAAAACUGUAUCCAAUCUUAUGGGAAUAUAAUUGAAAUUCUAAUUUAAGUUUAA